AUGUCCAAGGACGACGUUGGCUGCAAGCUGACCUCAGUCUACAAGCACAAGGAGAGGAAGCCAAAAAAGCCCCACUACAUCCCAAGGCCCUGGGGCAAACCAUACAACUACAAAUGUUUCCAGUGCCCCUUCACCUGCAUGGAGAAGUCCCACCUCUACAACCACAUGAAGUACAGCCUGUGCAAGAACUCCCUCUCCCUCCUCAUCGAGUCUGACUGGCCCUACAAGAAGGGCAAUCUGCUCCACCCGGAGCUGCGGCUCCUGCACGCAACGGAGAGCUCCCGCCUGCGUGGGCGGCGGGACGAGCAGGAGACCUGUGACUCCUCGGCCAUGUCAGGAGGGUCGGUCAGGAGCAAGCAGGGCUCCGGCCGGGAUGGACACGAGGACAAGCCGAUGUCAGGGGUGGAGAUCCUGCCUGCUGAAGGGGCUGGUGAAGAAGGUGGCCCAUUCCAAGAGGAGGAGGAGGAUGUUGCUGGCCUGUUGAGAGAGAUGGAUGCAGGGGAGAAGAAAGAGAAAAACGAAGAGGCAGGUUGCCAAGGUGACCCAGCUGAACCAGAAGUGAACACUUUGGUCUUUGGUUUCAAGAACAAGAGGGACAAGCCUUGCAAGGAGGUGGAGCCCGACUUCAUCAUCACAGACGUCUUCUCUCUCAAGAACCACGUCGUGAAAAGCAGGGAAAUGGCCUCCCCAGACCUCGAUGCUAAGCCAAAGCAUUGCAAAGUGCCAAAGAAAUGCCUGGCCAGCAGCGGGAUCCUCAUGGAGCAGUGGAAGCUGGUGGCAAAUGGGCAAAGGAGGAACACACCUGAGGUCUCUCCACCUUGUACCGACAGCAACAUCAUCCCGUGCUACCCUCCUCCAGCCUACGGCGACUACCACGAACCUCAGGGCCUCAACCUCUCACUGCUGGGUAUCAACUACCCGUUAAACCCCAGUCUCUUCUCCUACCUGAGCCCAACCAUGGCCAACAGUGCUACGACGCACCCGCACUUGGCUCAGCUGCCCUUCCUGGCCUCCACGGCCCAGCUGAUGCACCCCCAUGCCUCCCACUUCCAGCCUCUGCAGAGCCCCGAGCGCUCCACCUUCCUUCCCCGCUUCUACUACCCCUUGCUCUUUGAGCACACCUUCGGCACCACUGAAAGCAAGAUGUCCUCCAGCAAGCCAGAAGCCCAGCAGCUGGUGGGCUCUGUCAUGCCCACGCCACCCCAAGCCAAACCUCCCAGUGAGCCAACCAAACCAGGGUUGCUGAAGGUACCGGUUCUGAAGACAAGUUUUCCUUGGUCCAAAGGGCUCAGAGAGGAGCCAGCCUCUGAGCUUGGCCACUCUGCCAUGCUGGGGCAGGAAGAAGAGGAGAAAUGGCUGUCCCAAGAGAAGGAGAGCAACCCAGCUUUGGGCCUCAACAACCUACGCAAAAAGCCAACCACUGAUAUCUACCAAAACGUGGUGGGGAUGAAGGACGGUGCUUUUGCCCCGAGCAGCGUCCGGAAGACAGAGUUACCGGUGGUGACCUGUCUGGAGACCAGCAGCCCCCCAGGCAACUCCUUGAAGAGGAAGUUCAAUGCCAAUGGGAUGGAUUUGAUAGGACCCGAAAGGCCGACGCCUGGAAAAUUCAGCUACCAGAGCAGGACCAAAGGAGCUGAAGAGCCUUCAGGUGUGUCCAAGCACCUGGGCUACAUCACCACUCGCCGCCCCUCGCUUUCCCCUGUUUCGUACAGAGACAGAAGCGAUGUGGUGUCCGCUGGCUGGAGAGAUCCCCUCCAACCGGGCCUUCAGGACUGUGGGAUGGUCAUUUCCAUCAACGUUCUCCGUUGCUCCAAGAAGAAGGAGAAUCUAGACUCUGAGGCCACAACCGUCCUUAUCGGGGACCUGUCCAAAACCUUAGAGGAAUACCAAGAGGUGGAGAAGAAACUGUCCGAUCUGGCAAAGGAGGACACCCCUGGUCAAAAAGAGCUGAGGGACCAGCUGGUCAAAAUCCGAAGGGAGCUCUACCACAUCCACCAGGCACUGGAGAAAGCCACCAAACCCCACGAGGGGCCUCUGGACCUCUCGGUGAAGAGGUCUUCUGAAGGUCUGGAGAAGGUCCAGCAGGCCAAGAAGGAGCCCUGCAACAUCAGCCUGGGAAGUGAGAAGCUCCACGGCAAAGACCAAGGGACCUUCAACACAUGUAUGGCCACCAGAGAGGCUGGAGACGGGGAGGGGCUGCCAAACUGCCUCCUCGAGGCCGAGAACAAAACCAUCGACCUGCUGAUCAAGAUGAGCCGCUCCGAGAGCCUCCGGGCAUCCUCCUCUGAGGCCCACCUGGGUGCUGUCAUCAAGGCUGAGGUCCUGCCGCUCACCAUGCCCCUGGAGCUCCGGCACGUGAUGGAGCCCUACUACAGCCGUACCACCAAGUGCGAGGCAGACUCCAGCGUCCUGCUCUGCUCCGAUGGCAGAUCCAGCACCACCCAGGGCCCUCAGCUCCCGGUCACCACCGAGGACGGGCCCCUGGGCUGCCGGGCCAUGCAGCGCUCCAUGUCCUGCAGCCUUCCCAGCGAGACAGACGCAGUGUGUGUCCACAGCCCUCUGCAUGCCGAUCCCUAA